AUGAAGCUUGUUAUGGCUUCGUCGAUGCGUGUUCGGUAUCUGGUGUGGCUAAUCUACGAAUCACCUCUAACCCCUUUCUCAAACGGAAUGAGUGUUUACACAUUUCGCUUCUUUUUGUCUUAUCGUCGUCAGGCCAGCGUGGAACGGGCUAUGGGACUGCCUGUUCUUCCAUUCAUGGAUCCUGCUAAAGUGACCAAGGCCGGCAGUCAGAUCGGUUUUAUAAAAUUCGUUUUGCUUCCUCUCCUCGAAGAAGUAAUCAUCCUCUUCCCCAGUCUCAAGGAGCCUAUCCUCGAUCCGGUUAAACGGCAACUCGAAUUCUAUCAAAAACAACAGCACAAUCAAGAAAAUCAAAACUUGCAAGACCGGUCACAUUCCGUCAACUUUCCUGACAAUUCGCAGGGCUCUGGAUCGGAAAAACAAGUCACUUUGGUGCUACUGCGUGAAACCAACCCUCCACCUUCCGCUACACUUUCUAUGGCCAAAUCCCCUGUCUCUGCAGCUACAGCCGCUUUGAACAGCGAAACGCUCUCUGGCCCCACAAAUCUCUCGCAGGCGGGUCAGACGCAAGCUCGACUGCUUGACUCUUGCCUGCAAGGCCUCUCUAAUGGAAUUGCAGUCAAUUCUAGAGAAUCAGAUGUUCAUGGGCCAUCCUGCUUGACCUCACGACUUACCGGAGACUCUAUGGUCAAUUCAAUGCCUCUGUCGAGACGCAACACAUCUGGUGACGCCUACGCAGGCUUAGGCGUGCCAAUUGGCCUACUUCGUCUUGCCUUCAGAGUGAACUGUAGUUUUGGGCGUACUCGGGUCUCAUUUGUACCCGAAACGGGAUUCGAUCAAUUUGUUUUAGGCCUCACGCGGCAACAGGUUAGCGCCUAG